CGGCAGGGGGUGAGGGUCCCACCUCUGAACACCACCCAGGGGAGCCUUCCAGUGCCAGGGGGGGCCCUGCUGGUCCCGGGGGGGUCCCGGUGCCCCACGGCGUGACCGGAAACCUCCUCCCUUCCCGUGCUGGCGGCUCCACGGGGCACCGCGGGGGGAGGAGCUGAGAAAGGGGGAUCCAGUGGCUCCGGUGGCAUUCCCAGGGUGUUCCCCCCCCCCCAGAUGGUGUGACAUGGCGGACGAGAAGCCCCCCCAGCUGGUGGAUUACUUCGUAGUGGCCGGGCUGGCCGAGGCGUCGCGGGCGCUGGAGGAGGAGCCAGCGCGGCCGGCGCGGCCUGCGGAGCCCAUCACGGACGUGGCCGUGAUCAUCCGCUCCCAGGGCGAGGAGGUGCCCCAGGGCUUCACCUGCAUCGAGACCACCACGUCGGGCCACCCCGUGGACCUCAACGCGGGGCUGCUCAACAACCCCCAGAUGUUCCUGUGCUACAAGCGCGGCAGGGACAAGCCCCCCCUCAUCGAACUGGGGGUGCACUACGAGGGCAAGGACCGGCCCAAGCCGGGCUACCAGAUCCUGGACACGACCCCCUACAGCCGCUCUGCCAACCUGGCCUCGGGCUCCCCGGGCCACCAGCGCACGUUCCUGACGUUCCGGCGCGCGGCUGAGCCCCCUGGGCACCACAGCCUGGGCGUCACCGACAUCUGCCUCGUCAUGCCCAGCAAAGGGGAGACCACCCCCCACACCUUCUGCCGCGUCGACAGGAACCUUAACACCAGCAUGUGGGGCCCCGCCCUGUUCCUGUGCUACAAGAUCGCCGUGGCCAAGGGCAACACGCUGGUCUACGAGGCAGGGCUGUUGGGCCGGUACCCCGAGCAGGACAGCGAGCAGUUCCCGCUGCCCGAGUCGGUGCCUGUGUUCUGCCUGCCCAUGGGGGCCACCAUCGAGAGCUGGCCUGCAGGCACCAAGUACCCCCUGCCUGUCUUCUCCACCUUUGUCCUCACCGGCGCCUCGGGGGACAAGGUGUACGGCGCUGCCAUCCAGUUCCAUGAGGCAUUCCCGCGGGAGCGGCUGUCGGAGGGGCAGGCGCUGCGCCUGGGGCUGCUCAGCGUGGUGGACAAGCGGCCGGUGCCGGGCCGGUCCCUGCACACCCGCAAGAGCAUCUGCGUCCUGUCCCACUGGCCCUUCUUCGACGUCUUCCGCAAGUUCCUCAUGUUCAUCUACCGCUACUCCAUCUCUGGCCCCCAUGUGCUGCCCCUGGAGACGCACAUCUCCCACUUCAUGCACAACGUGCCCUUCCCGUCCCCGCAGCGCCCGCGGAUCCUGGUCCAGAUGUCCCCCUAUGACAGCCUCCUACUGUGCCGGCCCGUGUCGUCCCCGCUGCCGCUCAGUGGGGCCAGUUUCCUGACGCUGCUACAGAACCUGGGCCCCGACAACGCCGUGGCCCUGCUGGUGGCCGUGCUCACCGAGCAGAAGCUGCUCAUCCACUCGCUGCGCCCCGACGUGCUGACCAGCGUGGGAGAGGCCCUGGUGGCGAUGAUCUUCCCCCUGCGCUGGCAGUGCCCCUACAUCCCGCUGUGCCCACUGGCGCUGGCUGACGUGCUGUGUGCCCCCGUGCCCUUCAUUGUAGGCAUCCACUCCAGCUACUUCGACCUCUACGAGCCCCCCCGCGACGUCAUCUUCGUCGACCUGGACACCAACACCAUCUUCCAGAGCGAGGAGCGGAAGCUGCUGCCGCCCCGUGCGCUGCCCCGCCGACCCUGCAAGGUGCUGCUGGCCACCCUGCACAGCCUGGCCCAGCAGCUAGACGAGCUGCUGAGCGCCCCGGACGAGGCGCCCCCAGAGCUGGUGCUGAGCGCGGCGGAGGGUGUGGGGGCACGGCGGGCGCAGCUGGAGCUGGAGGCGAGGGCGGCGUUCCUGCGCUUCAUGGCCUGUGCCCUGCGUGGGUACCGCUCCUUCCUGCGCCCCAUCGCCCCCGCACCUGCGCCCGCCGAGCGCGACGCCGGCAGCCUCUUCGCCCUGCAGGGGUUCCUGCGCUCCCGGGACCGGCAGUACCAGCGGUUCUAUGGGCAGCUGCUGAAGACGCAGCUUUUCACCCAAUUCAUCGAGGACUGUUCCUUCGCCAGCGACCGUGAGCCCUGUCUCGAGUUCUUUGACACCUGCGUCGACAAGGUGCAGGCAGACCUGGAGAAGCCGGAGGACACCCCCCUGAUGGAGCUGGAUGACCCCCGGGGCGGGGAGCACACGGUGUUCAUCACACCCCCAGAGCAGCCGGCGGGGCCAGAUGGGGCCGAGCCCCCGGCGCGGUACAGGUACGACGGGUUUCCCACCCUGUGCCCGGAGCUGCUGGAGCCCCCCCGGGACCCACUGGUGGCUCAGCUGUGCCAGGCCCGGAGCAGCGCCCCGAGCAGCCCCGCUCCUCGCAGGACCAAACAGGAGAUGAAGGUGGCGCAGCGGGUGGCUCAGAAGUCGUCGGCGGUGCCGGAGCUGUGGGCGCGGUGCCUGCUGGGCCACUGCUAUGGCCUCUGGUUCCUGUACCUGCCCACCCACGUGCGCGCUGCCCCCGCCAAGCUCAGCGCCCUCCAGCUCGCCUACGACGUCCUGCGCCAGAUGGAGCAGCACAAGGUGGUGCUGCCCGACGAGGUGUGUUACCGCAUCCUGAUGCAGCUGUGUGGGCAGUACGGGGAGCCCGUGCUGUCCGUGCGCGUCCUGCUCGAGAUGAAACGUGCGGGCAUUGUCCCCAACACCGUCACCUACGGCUACUACAACAAGGCGGUGCUGGAGAGCAAGUGGCCAGCGGGGACGCAGGGAGGGCGGCUGCGCUGGGCCAAACUCCGGAAUGUGGUGCUGGGGGCGGCCCAGUUCCGGCAGCCCCUGCGGCAGCGGGAGCGGCGGAGCAGCAACGGGGACCCCCCGGGUGACCGAGCCCUUCCCCCUUCGCGCCCCCCCCUGCAGCGUCAGACCACCUGGGCGGGGCGCAGCCUGCGGGACCCCCCCCCGGCCCCCCGGCUGGUGAAGAGCGGCAGCCUCAGCUUCCCCCGCAACGAGGGGGGGGCCCGGGGGGGGUCCGGGGAGCACCCCCUGAUCCCCGCAGCCCCCACCCCGCCCUCGGGGCCCCCCCGGCCGCAGGGCCCCCCCGGCUCUGCCGACGGGAGCUUGUCCGACAUCAGCUUCCACACGGACGAGAGCGACCCCCGGAGGGACGAGGGGGGCCCCGGGGGGAGCUCCGGGGGUCCCGGCGGCGGGGGCGGCACCCCGCGGCGUGGGCUAGCGGCUAAGCUGCAGCAGUUGCUGUCCCCCGGCAAACGGGGCCCGCCCCGCCCCGCAGAGCCGCCCCGGGAGCGCCGGGGAUCGGAGCCGCGGGACCACCGGGACACGCCCCCCCAGCGCAGCCCUGCGGAACCUCCCCGGCUGCGCCCCCGGGAACGCCCCGAAUCCACGGCGUCCGAGAGCUCUGUGUCCAGUGAACUGGACCUGUCGGACGCCUCGGGGGGCAGCACCGGGGCCCCCAAAUCCACCGAGCCCCCCCCAGAUGGGACAGCAGGGAUGGAGCCCCCUGCCCUGGAGGUGCUGCUGUCAAGCUGCUCGCGCUGCCCGGGCUGUGCCACGCUGGUGUUCGAUGAGGAGCUCAUGGCCGGCUGGACCUCCGAUGACUCCAACCUCAACACAAGCUGCCCAUUCUGUUCCCGCUCCUUCGUGCCCUUCCUGAGCAUCGAGAUCCGCGACCUCCGGCGGCCCCCCAGCUCCCCCAGGCCCCUGCCGGUGCCCCCACCCGUGCAGGGGCCAGUUCUCAGUGACCGCCGGCGCUGCCUCGCCCUGGAUGGGCCCGACCCCCACCCCGACCCCCAAUUGUGCAACGGGUUCCUGGGGGGUCUCUCCGAGAGGGUGGCCUUUGCCUACCUGAGCCCGCUGGUGCUGCGGAAGGAGCUGGAGAGCCUGGUGGAGAACGAGGGGGGGGAGCUGCUGGCGCAGCCUGAGCUGGUGGACAGUCACCCCAUCAUAUACUGGAACCUGGUGUGGUACUUCCAGCGCCUGGCACUGCCCAGCAACCUGCCCCUGCUGCUGCUGGGCUCCCACCACGCCCGCCGGCACCCCCAGGCCCAGUCCCCCGAGCCCCCCCGGGUCCGAGUGCGACUCCUGUGGGACGUCCUGACCCCUGACUCUGAGAGCUGCCCCCCCCUCUACGUGCUCUGGAGGCUCCACAGUAACGUCCCCUCAUCACUGUCACACUUUUGGGUCCCUUGGGUACCAUCCCUGGUGGGUUGGGGACACUGGGGACACUCUGGGGUCACUCUGGGGACACUGGGGUCACACCAGGGUCACACUGAGCACACUUUGGGGACCCUGGCUGAGCCCCUGAGGGUCCCUGUGUCCCCCAUUUUCGAGGUCUGGGGACAUUGGGGCUGCUCUGGGGUCACACUCUGGGGUCCCCCAGGUAACGUGCCCCCCCGGCUGCGCCCCUGGGGCCCCCCAGCCCCCCCAUUCUCACUGUCCUUCCUGGAGGCCCUGCUGACCCACGUGGGGCUCAACGAGGUGCACAAGGCCAUCGGGCUCUUCCUCGAGACCCUCGCAGCCCCCGGAGCCCCCCAGACCCUGCACAGGAGCAUCUACCGGGAGCUGCUGUUCCUGACACUGGCGGCGCUGGGCCGGGAGCACACGGAUAUUGGUGAGGGGUGGGGGGACAGCGGGACUGGGGGGGCUUGCGAGGAUUAUGGGUGGUCUGGGUAGGGGACA